GUUUGGAGUGUAUGGUCCGGGGGUUAGCGAAAACCCGCGAUACUGGACUAGGAGAAGACGCUUGGCACCCGAGCACUGGUUGGGCGAUCCUCACGAUGGCCUAGUGUCCUGUUGCGGUAGGUGCACCAUGCGGCCUUGCAUUUCCGUUCUCGCCUUCGCGCUAUCUCGUGGCCGGUCGAUAUAAUGGCCUCGUUUCCCACUCUCGAGGUUUCUAUCUUUCCUUUGGAUCAUCCGACACCUCUUCAACCGGGCAUUCGGUUGCUUUCUCCUCUGGCUCUCCUCCUCCUCCUCCCCCCUUCACCUCUUUAAUUUUUAAUACUUAUUCACCCUCAUUCGUUACCCUUGCACCUGCCGUCGGCCAGAUCGUGGUCAAGGUGUCAACGAGAUUUUACUGGAGAGCAGUAACAGGUGACCAUGAAGUCGUCUGGUGUUCUAUCGCUUGCGGCUCUGUCUUUCGCCACGGCGGCCAAAGCAGCCACUGUUACCUAUGACUGGACGGCAACCUGGGUCUGGGCAGCCCCAGACGGAGUUGGGAGGCCAGUGGUCGGCAUCAACAAUGCUUGGCCUUGUCCACAGAUUGAUGCCACGGUCGGUGAUACCGUGAUCAUCAACUUCACUAACAAUCUCGGGAAUCAGACAAGUGGUCUCCAUUUCCACGGCAUCAACCAGGUUCAGACUCCCGAGAUGGAUGGGCCAAGCGGUGUUACCCAGUGCCCAGUACCUCCCGGCUCGACUCUCCAGUAUAAAUUCGUGGUUGAUGUCGGCGGUACCUUUUGGUAUCACUCGCACAACAUGGGUCAAUACCCCGACGGCCUGCGCGGAGUUUUCCUUGUUCACGAUCCUAAUGACCCCUAUGCCGGCUCGUACGAUGAAGAGGUUAUCUUGACGGUUUCUGAUUGGUACCACAAUGAGUCUCUUACCAUGGUCCGCAACAUGCUGCAGCCUAGCAAUACUCGAUUCGCUCCGCCCAUUCCCGAUGGCAUGAUCAUCAACGAGGGAGCUGGGUUGAAUGUCAACUUCACCAAAGGCAGGAAGUAUCGCUUCCGCAUGAUCAGCUUCGCCGCCUUGGCUUCCGCCAUGAUUCACUUCGAUUCUCACGACAUUAACAUCAUCAUGAAUGACGCCGACUAUCUGCAAAAGGAGGUCAAGUAUCAGCUCCGCAUUGCCACGGCUCAGCGUUACGACUUCAUCAUCGAGUGCAUUGAUCGCGACAACGACAACUACCCAUUCUUGAUCUCGCUGGAUAUCAACCGCGACUGGACAAAUCCCGACUUGGGUCCCCUCCAAUGGCCACACAACUACACCGGCUACCUCACCAUGGAUUACAACAAACCAAACACCAAGAAGGACGUGGUGCACAAGUGGAAGCCUGCUGACGACUCCCACUUCAAGCCAUAUGACAACGAGGCGAUCCUCGGGGGGAACGACACCAACUAUGACACUCUGAUCAAGAUGGACUUCGCAUUCUGCACAGAUGCCAACGGCUACCCCCGCGCUUGCUUCAACAACCUGACAUACAUCGACCAAAAGGUGCCGGCCUUGUACUCGGCCGCCACCACGGGCGACGACAACAGCAAUCCCAUCGUCUACGGCCAGAUCAACCCCUUCAUUGUCAACUACGGCGAUGUCGUCCAGAUCGUGGUCAACAACCAGGAUGCUGCCACCCACCCUUUCCAUCUCCAUGGCCAUCACUUCCAGGUUCUCGACCGCCCCAAGACCGGCACCGGGGACUGGUCCGGCAGGGACACCAACUACAACCAGAAGCCGCCCCGGCGCGACACCGUCACGGUCAUGGCGCACUCGCACGCCGUCUUGCGGUUCAAGGCCACCAACCCGGGCACUUGGCUGUUCCAUUGCCACAUUGAGUGGCAUGUCGAGAUGGGCCUGACGGCCACCAUCAUUGAGGCGCCGGACAGGCUGAGAAACCUGACCUUCCCUCAGGAUCAUCUGGAUGCUUGCAACAAGAUGGGCAUCCCGGUGAGUGGCAACGCGGCGGGCAAUACGCAGGAUUAUUUGGAUACCACAGGGAUGGUGACGGUGCCGCCGACGAUUUAUAACGGGGCUAUGUAUGCUGGGUCUAGCAGCAAGAAGAGGGGGUUGAUGGGGAGGCUUGCCUCAGGGAUGGGGAGUUUCUUCUUCUAGGAAGGGGACCAAGUUUUGAUUUGGAGGGAUGAGGGAUGCCGACUCGGGCAUGGAGGGCGGGCUGGAGAUGGGGGAUGAUACCAUGGAUCUUUUUGGCUUUGAUGGAUUUGAGCUUUUUCUUUUGUGGUUUUUGGGUUGGGUUUUAGGCUCUUUUGGAUUUGAGCCUUUUCUUUUUUCUUUUGUCGUUGUUGGAUUGGAGGGAGGAGGAAAGGAGAUUCCAUUUGUUUCUGCCUUUCUGUAUGGGGUUGGGGCGCAAACUGCUGUUUUUAUUAGGUGCCCCUAAUACCUCCGAUGUGUUAAAAUAAAAUUGUUGUUGUGUUUUUUGAUUCGGGGAUUUCGGGCCAUGGUGAUGUAUUUGGUGGCGGAUUAAUGGCUGGCUUUUGUCGCGAGAUGAGAGAAUGCUUCAUGUAGGGGUUGAGUGUUAAUGACGAUAAGGUAGCGUUUUUAAAAGAGAUAGAAUGAAUAGAGAAUGAAGUUUGGAUGAAAA